UCAAGAUCCGGGGUGAUGGGUAUUUUUCACCCCGGAAUUUACCCUUUUCGGAUGUUGGACGAUUGGAAAACCAAAGAGCCCAAUUGGCCUGAAAAAAAAAGGUGAACAGUGACGAUCAUCAACACUGAAGAUUCGGUGUUUAUUGGAGCUUUUCUAUAGUUAACAACCAUGUUCAGACAGGCCUUCAGAGUGUCCAGCAAGCAGUUUGUGAGAUAUAACUCUUCUGCGCCAUCGUCUUCCGGCGUUGCGCAGUCUGAGAUCGAUGCGCUCUUAGCUAAGGUGAAGGAGCUGGGGCUUCCUCAGAACAAGACGGCUGCCAGUUUCAGAGCAGCUGGCGGUGCCCACAAGGGCAAGAGAGGUGCAAGAGCAAGCAGUGGCCACAGUGGGAAGUCAGCUUCGGGCUCCAAGUCCAGUGGCAAGGCACAGGCGAAGAGUAGCCAACCAGCAGAGGCUCAGGCACAGGGACAGGGACAGUCGAAUGCCGCAGCGCAGAAUAGACCAAAGAGACUACAAACAAACCUGGACGGAUUCGAUGAGGUUGCGUCGUCCUUCACAGCCACAGGGUCGGUCUCUGGUGGCUCGAAGCAACAAAGAGUUAGAGUCAAGGCCAAGGACAGACGCUUUGUGAACAGAGACGCCACUUCUACAAGUGCCCAAGGUCGUCCGCAAGGUCAAAGAGCUAGAGGCGGUGCUAAGAAGAACAACGGCAACAGCAGACGUUCAGCCAAUAGCAGAGCUGAAAACAUAGUGUAUGUCAACCCUAACUUGGACCUCAUUGCUAAACAAUACAUCCCAGAACCUGUCACGAUUUCAAGCUUGUUGGAGACAUCACCAUUCACCUCCCAGACCCCAAACUCGAGAAUCUUGAAGGCGUACAUGGAACUCAAGGCCAAUGGAGAGGCAGAUGUCACCGGAGUGCUUAACGGCAAGUCCCACUUUGCUCCUGAGAGCGUGCUACAAAAGAUGAAGACUCCACAGCUCAAGUUGAACGCUGAGGUUGUCAUCAACUCUCUGAACAGAAACUCAUCGCUGGACUACGAUACAAAGAUGAAGCUCCUGGGCCCUCUGACCGGACUUGCACCAGUCAAGCAACUCACUGCCUGAUCAUUGAUCAAUCCUAUACAUACCUGAUUUGUGUUUUUUAAAGUGA